UGCGUCACCCGAACUCAUUCGCUUUCUUUGUCCCUUCAAUACACCUCCGCGGUUCACCAAUCUGGUUCAACAAUAUCUUCAUUUCUAUCAAUACAACGAUUGCGUUUCAGACCAAUCCUCUGUCGCAGGGAUAGACUUGGUCGCUCGCGCCUCAGAAACCACAGUACGUUCAGACAAUGAACACUUACACUUCAACCUUCAACCGCAUCUCACAUCAACCACGACGACCUACUCUGAGACCCUACGCUUCGCCACACCGUAAACGCUCAAGAUAGACGCCCACUGACACUCUCGGCUGGUCUCUUUGUCCUCUGGCGUGCCAUUCAGUAUUCGUUUAUCUCUGAGCGUUCUGCAUUUCAUUAUUCCUUAUCUACAGGCCCUGGGCUGCCGAUUUCAUCAGGCCCAUCAAAUUCCUCAAACACAAUGUCGGCGGUAGCUGCGACUCCGGCGCAUCAAGCUCCCCGAGGCCCUCGCCGUUCAGGAAAGAAGCCUCGACCGUCAGACACUGGUGACAGCGCUCCAGCUCCUGCUGCACCAGCUGCAGGUCCUCAGCGCAACCCCUCCCCCACUAUGGGUGGUACAACAAAGAACAACAUCAAAGGUCAACACCGCAAACCUCCACAAGGCAAUAACAAGUCGCAAACAGAAGGAAAGCAUGGCAACAACCAACAGGAGAAGGUCAAGCCGACACCGACACCCAUGAAACCAGCCGCGUACGCCGGAUCUGCUUUCCAACAAUCCCCAGCCCCUUCUGCUCUGCCUCUCCCAAGCUUCUACUCCAAAUCUCUACCGACCACAAGCUUCAUGCCACAACAGGCCCCCACCUCAGAAGAUACCAGCUCCCACGACUCUUCAGUCACACCAGGCGAAGAAUCACCCAGCAAGCGAGAAUCCACUCCAUGUGACUUUCUCUUUGAAGCUGCCCGACAGGCAAGGGCGACUCCUCGGGGUGAGAGCCCUGCCACACGUUCCGGCAAUCUCUCUGUUGCGAAUGGAAGUCCUGCUUCUCAGUCACCCGCACCCCGAGAAGGCGACCCCAUGUUUCCCUUCGAGCUGGAGGGUGCCAACCCUGGAGAGGACGGAUCUUCAUUUGCCACCCCUUACAAAGAUCGCAUUGAGGCCCUGCGAUCCACAAAGUCGACGUCCACAGGAGGCAAGAGCAUGGACGAGAACGAGCGCAAGGCGAAAUCGGAGGCAUUGAAGAAGUUGCUCAUGAAAUCAAGUGGUCGAGAGAGCAGCAUCGACGGUGAAUCCGUCACCGAUUCGAACCCUUUUAAUGCCAGAGCCCCGUAUUCAGCCGGUCCUCCCCUCCCACAGGCCCAGGUUCGCUCCAGCUCGAACCCUGGUACCCCGGUUUACAAGCAUGAGAACUCUGUCUACCAUUCUCCGCAGAACUUCGCCCCGGUAGGGUACCCAUUCUCGGCCGGCCAGAUGUAUACUCCAAAGCGAACGAACUCUUCCCGGCUUAGGCAUGUCUAUGGUGCACAGAGCGAGCCGGAGUACGCCGAGUUGUCUUCCGAUAGCGCAAUAUCGCCACCGACGGUUUCGCGAAAACAUACCGCUCGUCAACAGUCACAGUAUACUACAGGGUCAUCCGUGAACCACCCGCAGAUGCCGACUCACCGAUCUAAGCCUAGUGCGCAACAACUUGAGGAUGAUUUGAGAAGGGUGUUGAAGCUGGACAUUACGUCUCGAGGAUGACUCAUUCUGGGAGUAGUGUCAUUUGACAUUUAGAUGAAACUAAAGCAGAACAAGGGGCUGGAUCAAUGUACGAAGACCAUGGUUUAUGAUCUUCAUGAGACGAAUCGGGUCAGGACGACAAGAAUUUGUCAGUUUUGGGUUGGUUCACGUGGUGGACUACUGGCACGGAAGUUAUCUCUGAAAGAUCAUAUCGUGGAGCAGAUUUGGAAAGUAUGGAAACUAAAGACUGGUCAUUCUUUUGAGGUGGAUCUCAUUUGUUCCCGAAGGGAUGAUGGUGCUGGACACAUACCUUCAUACCUAACGAAGCCCUUUUUGUUUUGUAGACGAGUGUCAAUUCUCUGCUGUUGCUCUG